CCCAGAAGUGACAAACCUCCAACCCCCUGGUCCCACCCGGGGCUUCUCUUCACCCCCACCUGCUGCCGCCCCAUUUUCCCCCAUCCUCGCUCAGGGCCACUCUUCCCCCACAAUCCCAUUUCCCUUCCCCCACCAUGGGGCUCUGCCCUGCUGUUGGCCAAGCAGAGACUUGUCCCUGGCUGCCUGGGGCUGGGGAGGGAGCCCAGCCUGGGUCAGCCCUCUGAGGCAGGCGGUUCACAUGGUCUCUCUGCUCUAGGGAGCAGCCGUGCCAGCACCAUGGCCUUUCCACAGGAGCUGAGUCGCUCACAGGUGUGCGGGAUGAUGCGGGAAGAGCUGUGCCAGGACCAGGACUUCUUGCGGUCUGACACCCACAUCUUCAUCAUCCUCGGGGCCUCGGGCGACUUGGCCAAGAAGAAGAUCUACCCAACCAUCUGGUGGCUGUUCCGGGAUGGGCUGCUCCCCGAUGACACCUAUGUGGUGGGCUACGCCCGGUCCCAGCUCACCGUGGAGGACAUCCGCAGGCAAAGCCAGCCCUACUUCAAGGUGGAGCCGGAUGAACAGGCCAAGCUGCAGGAGUUCUUUUCCCGGAACAGCUAUGUGUCGGGGACAUACGACAGCAGCACCUCCUUCCAGCAACUGAACACCCACCUGGCCGGGCUGCACAACGGGGAGAAGGCCAACCGGCUCUUCUACCUGGCACUGCCCCCCAGUGUGUACGAGGAUGUCACCCUCAACAUUCGGGAGUGCUGCAUGGGCUGCGGGGGCUGGAAUCGCAUCAUUGUGGAGAAGCCAUUUGGGAAGGAUCUAGAGAGCUCCAACAAACUGUCCAAUCACAUCGCUUCACUCUUCCGGGAGGACCAGAUCUACCGCAUUGACCACUACCUGGGCAAGGAGAUGGUGCAGAACCUCAUGGUGCUAAGGUUCGGGAACCGCAUCUUCGGCCCCGUGUGGAACCGGGACAACGUGGCCUGCGUCGUGCUGACCUUCAAGGAGCCCUUCGGCACAGAGGGGCGGGGUGGCUACUUCAACGAGUUUGGGAUCAUCCGUGAUGUGAUGCAGAACCACCUACUGCAGAUGCUGUGCCUGGUUGCCAUGGAGAAACCAGCCUCCACCCACUCGGACGACGUGCGGGAUGAGAAGGUGAAGGUGCUGAAGUGCAUCUCCCAGCUGCAGCUGGACAGUGUGGUGCUGGGCCAGUACGUGGGGAACCCUGACGGUGUGGGCGAGGCCCAGAAGAGCUACCUGGACGACCCCACUGUACCACCUGGCUCCAGCACGCCCACCUUCGCCACUGCCGUGCUCUAUGUGGACAACGAGAGAUGGGAUGGCGUCCCGUUCGUGCUGCGGUGCGGGAAGGCCCUGAAUGAGCGCAAGGCUGAGGUGCGGCUACAGUUCCGGGAUGUGCCAGGCGACAUCUUCCAGCGGCAGUGCAAGCGCAACGAGCUGGUGAUCCGGGUGCAGCCUAACGAGGCCGUCUACACCAAGAUGAUGACCAAGAAACCCGGCAUGUUCUUCGACCCUGAGGAAUCUGAGCUGGACCUGACCUAUGGCAAUCGCUAUAAGGAUGUGAAGCUGCCAGAUGCCUACGAGCGACUCAUCCUGGACGUCUUCUGUGGCAACCAGAUGCACUUUGUGCGCAGUGACGAACUACGUGAGGCCUGGCGCAUUUUCACUCCCCUGUUGCACAAGAUCGAGUCAGAACGGAUCCAGCCCAUCCCCUACUGCAAUGCCAGCCGGGGCCCCCCCGAGGCAGACGAGCUGAUGAAGAGGGUCGGGUUCCAGUACGAGGGCACCUACCGCUGGGUGAAUCCGCACAAGCUCUGAGCCGGGGGCAGCUGUUGCCUCCCAGAGCAACUCGGGGGGCCACCCAUGCCGCUUGCUGCUCCCAUUGGGGCUCCUGGAGUGGGGAUGUUGGGGGCUGGGCAUGGCAUGCUGGUAGAGAAGGGCAGGGGGGAGGGAGCCGGGCAUGGGGCAUUCAUCCUACACAGUAACCCAAUUAGCCAAAUAGGUUGUGAUCCCCUUCCCUUCCCUUCCCUUCCCUUCCCUUCCCCUCCCCCUCUCCCUGAUGUGGCUGGGGUCCUGGCCCACACAGGCCUCCUGCAGAACCCCCCCAUCCCAUUUACAUCCUCCUUCAAACCAAACUGCCCGUCCCUGCCCUGGACCUAGAGCCCCCUGCUUCUGGGACCAAGCUGGCCCUGGCAUGUUUACAGCCUGCCCCUCUUCCCCUGCCCUGGUCUCUGGCCCUCCGGAUCCUGCCCCACACAGGAUCCUCUCACUCCAGAGGGCCCAGGUGCUGUGCGUGUGUGCUGUGUUGCUGAGACAUUCCUGCCCUGUGUCUGGGCCUUUUGUGUGCAGCGCUGAUUUGUAAAGAGAUUGUUGGGCCCA